GGCGGGGCCUAUGCUAAUGUGGCGGGAGAAGGAGACAGGGGCUGGCAAGAUGGCGGCCGAGCGCAGUCGCUCCCCGAUGGGGGGCUCGCCGGUGCCGGCCUCCAUGUUUGCCCCCGAGCCCGCGCCGCACAUCGGGACAGCGGCGGCUUCAUCCCGGCCUCACCGCGACACGCCGGACUCGGACUGCAGCGAGGACGGCGAGGCGCUCAACGGGGAGCCGGAGCUCGAUCUCACCAGCAAGCUAGUAAUGGUGAGUCCAACAUCAGAGCAGUAUGAUAGCUUGCUCCGGCAGAUGUGGGAGAGAAUGGAUGAAGGAUGUGGGGAGACUAUCUAUGUCAUUGGUCAAGGGUCAGAUGGGACUGAGUAUGGGCUCAGUGAUGCAGACAUGGAAGCCUCCUAUGCCACGGUGAAGAGCAUGGCUGAGCAAAUAGAUGCAGAUGUGAUCCUCUUACGGGAGCACCAGGAAGCUGGAGGAAAAGUACGUGACUACUUAGUUCGGAAGCGUGUGGGCGACAAUGACUUCCUGGAAGUCAGGGUAGCAGUGGUUGGCAAUGUGGAUGCUGGGAAGAGUACCCUGCUGGGCGUCCUCACCCACGGCGAGCUGGACAACGGCCGUGGUUUCGCCCGGCAAAAACUCUUCCGCCACAAGCAUGAGAUUGAGUCGGGCCGGACCAGCAGUGUGGGCAAUGACAUUUUGGGCUUCGAUAGCGAAGGCAAUGUAGUAAACAAACCCGACAGUCAUGGUGGAAGUCUAGAAUGGACUAAGAUCUGUGAGAAAUCAACAAAGGUUAUAACUUUCAUUGACCUUGCUGGGCAUGAGAAGUACCUGAAGACGACAGUCUUUGGCAUGACGGGGCACCUACCUGAUUUUUGCAUGCUGAUGGUUGGCAGCAAUGCUGGAAUCGUUGGGAUGACCAAGGAGCACCUGGGUCUGGCAUUAGCACUCAACGUUCCAGUCUUUGUUGUGGUGACUAAGAUUGACAUGUGUCCUGCCAAUAUUCUCCAAGAAACCCUGAAGCUCUUGCAGCGACUUCUGAAGUCUCCAGGAUGCAGGAAGAUCCCCGUCCUGGUCCAGAGCAAGGAUGAUGUCAUUGUUACUGCCUCCAACUUCAGCUCAGAAAGGAUGUGCCCAAUAUUCCAGAUUUCAAAUGUCACUGGUGAGAACCUGGAUUUGCUUAAGAUGUUUCUCAAUCUUCUGUCUCCACGGACCAGUUACAGAGAAGAAGAGCCUGCAGAAUUCCAGAUAGAUGACACUUACUCUGUUCCAGGAGUUGGAACAGUGGUGUCUGGGACAACGCUGAGAGGGCUGAUCAAGUUAAAUGACACUUUGCUUCUAGGACCAGAUCCCCUGGGUAACUUCUUGCCCAUUGCUGUGAAGUCCAUCCACCGCAAGCGCAUGCCAGUCAAAGAGGUGCGGGGCGGCCAGACUGCCUCCUUUGCUCUGAAAAAGAUCAAACGCUCCUCUAUUCGGAAAGGCAUGGUGAUGGUGUCUCCUCGGUUGAAUCCUCAAGCAUCUUGGGAAUUUGAAGCUGAAAUUCUGGUAUUGCAUCAUCCUACCACCAUCAGUCCACGCUAUCAGGCAAUGGUGCACUGUGGCAGCAUCCGCCAGACGGCGACGAUCCUCAGCAUGGACAAGGACUGCCUGCGCACGGGAGACAAGGCCACCGUCCACUUCCGCUUCAUCAAGACCCCAGAGUACCUGCACAUAGACCAGCGGCUUGUCUUCCGCGAGGGCCGUACCAAAGCCGUGGGCACCAUCACCAAGUUACUCCAGACCACUAAUAACUCUCCAAUGAACUCCAAGCCCCAGCAGAUCAAGAUGCAGUCAACCAAAAAGGGGCCCCUGAUAAAGCGAGAGGAUGGGGGGGCCCAGGCUGGCCUGGCAGCAGCGAGCCCGACCGUGGCGGAUGACGCUGGUUCUUUGGGAGCAGCCCCCUCAGCACCAUCUGGUGCCCAGCAGCCACAGCCUGCACUGGAUGAAGAGCCCCACAACCGAGAGGGCAAUAAGGCAAAGGCUGGUGGAGGCGGCCGGCGACGUGGUGGCCAGCGCCAUAAAGUGAAGUCUCAAGGAGCUGUCGUGACUCCUGCUGGCGGCUGUUGAACAUCAUC